AUCAGCCAGCAAGCAUACGAGAUUCUGGUCGAGUACAGCGGCGUACCUGAGGACCAAUUGAUAUCACACGUCCGGACGGUGAGGGACCGAGCCUGGGCGGUGUUCAAAUAUCCAUGCGUGGGUAAUUACUACUUUCUCGAAUUCAGCAUCAGCCAAUCGGAGCACUACCAGUCCGUGCUGGACCGUCUGCGGUGUGGCGAGAAAUUGCUCGAUCUCGCCUGUUGUUUCGGUCAGGACAUCCGCAAGCUCAUCCACGAUGGCGCUCCGGCAUCCAGCGUCUACGGCAGCGAACUGGAGCCCGGCUUUGUGGAUCUUGGGUUUGAACUGUUCCAGGACCGCGAUCGACUCGGGCCCAAUAUCCUCUCUGGUGACUUCUUCGCCGACGACGUUGCUGGCCUGGUCAGAGAGCAGUUCGACAUGGUUCAUGCAGCCUCCUUCUUCCACCUGUUCUCCUGGGACGACCAAGUCGAAGCCGUUUCGAGAGCAAUCCGUCUCCUCCGGCCCCAAGCUGGAUCGAUGGUGUUCGGGCGGCAGACUGCCGUCAGCCACGCCAAGGAAGUAGAUCAUCCCGCCAACAAGCGCACUGGGAAGAUGUUCCGGCAUGAUAUGAGCUCCUUUACGAGGCUAGUGCAGGAAGUCGGUGAGAGAACG